AUGAUCAACCAAGCUGCUGACAUGCCGCAACAAAAAGACUCGAAACGGGUCCCAAAACCUCUCAUGGAGAAAAGGAGGAGAGAUCGCAUUAAUCAAAGCCUGGAAACUUUGAGGUUACUAUUACUGGAGAAUACACACAACGAGAAACUGAAAAACCCUAAAGUGGAAAAGUCUGAAAUCCUGGAAAGUGUUGUGCAUUUCCUAAGAGCUGAACAAGGACCAGAGGCUGGCCCUCAUCAGAUCACCAGAGGAAAAAGGGGGCGAACAGAAGAUUAUGACGAAGAUGUGAGAUCACCUUGCAAACGUCAGAGCUACUGUGAUGGAAUGAGGACAUGUCUCCUACAAGUCAGCCAUUUCAUUGCAAGCAAGAGCCAAGAGUUUGGGCAGGGAGCAGAGAAAGCAUGUGGAAACCUACUACAUAAACCACUGGACCACCCAAUGCAAACACAACUGUCUGCGACACCGCUCCAAAGAGAAACUCAGGAAUAUCUCUAUGAUGAUUCAUCACUACUAGCACAGCAACAUCUCACUAGUGUCCAAUUGGGCAAUUCAUGCUCACCAUCUAGCUGUUCAAAGCUUACACAAAGAACUGUUCUGUCUGUCCCCACCAUGACUUCAGGUUCUAAACAACCUGUAACGUUAGGUGACCCUGUCUGGAGACCUUGGCCACAAUAGAGAAACAUGGCUUUCAAAAGACUAAAAACGUCCAGCUGGGUCUACAGCAAUGCAUCCCAAAUCAUUCAUCAAUGAGGAUUCAUGUGUUAAAGUGAAGUAAUGAAGAAGAGUGGGAACAACACUGAGACAAUAAACUGUAAAAUGUGUAAAUGUUCAGCAUGUGUAAAUAUGUGGAUUUUGUA